AUGCCGCAUACAGCUGUAUUAGAGGGAAAUCAUGUCGAAUUUUUGUCACUGGUAUCUUUAAGUACAAGCCCUCCUCAAGUUUGUCAUGGUGCUGGAGUGUCUACAGAAGCAUCACACGAUCAAGCCGCUCUUACUGCUCUGCAAAUGUUAAGUGAAAUGGGCAUUGACAACAUAACGCCUAAAAAGGAAUUAAGUUCUACUGCGGCAUCAGUAACUGCUUCAGGAGCAGGAAUCAACUCACCACCCGCUGGAGGAGACAAUGAUGGUAUUCAUAUUGGUCAAAACAGCGUCGGAAGCAAAAUAACUAAGAGCACUAUCCUCGGAAAUGGACUGAAGAAAUAAGCUGUUUGUUUAUUAUUAAUUUAUCAUUAUUAUUUUUUUU